CCCUCUCUUCUAUCUUUCCAGGGUGCUUAAGGCCCCAGAGCUCCAUUCUCGGGCUGUUUGUCGCUGUGCCAGAUGCACGGCUUAUUCUGCGAGCCCAGCGAAGGUCCUAACGCUGUGCAGGAGGGGGAAAACAUCAGUGGGGAGGGCUGCGCUGAACCGUGCAGAGAGGUGGGGAAAUGGGUAGGAAUGUAAGGCGCAAAGGCCAGCUCAGCGUCCCUGGCAGUUAGGAAGACAGGUCCUAAAGGGGCCUUGAGAGGUAGCCGUGGGAGUUGUGUCGUGUCUGUCCCUGUGCGAGCUGCUGUCUAGCACCUGCGGGCUCGUUUCCUUCCUCUGCGCUUGGGAAUCUGCAGUCCAACACGGACUGGUGAGGGUCUCCACAGCUUCUAAGUUACUAGGAGUACUGCUGGCAUUUUCUGCCCGGCUCCGCCAUGCCGGCGGUGCUGGGUUUUGAAGGUAGCGCCAACAAGAUUGGCGUGGGAGUGGUGCGCGACGGCAAGGUGCUGGCGAACCCCCGGCGGACUUAUGUCACUCCUCCGGGCACAGGAUUCCUUCCAGGUGAUACUGCCAGGCACCACCGAGCUGUUAUCUUAGACCUACUGCAGGAGGCACUAACAGAGGCUGGAUUAACCUCCCAGGAUAUCGAUUGCAUUGCCUAUACCAAAGGCCCCGGCAUGGGUGCCCCACUGGCUUCUGUGGCUGUUGUGGCCCGAACUGUGGCCCAGCUGUGGAAUAAGCCAUUGCUGGGUGUGAACCACUGUAUAGGCCACAUUGAGAUGGGCCGCCUCAUCACUGGAGCCACCAGCCCAACUGUGUUGUAUGUCAGUGGAGGAAAUACGCAGGUGAUUGCGUACUCAGAACAUCGUUACCGCAUCUUUGGGGAAACCAUCGAUAUUGCUGUGGGCAAUUGUCUGGAUCGUUUUGCUCGAGUGCUGAGGAUUUCCAAUGACCCAAGUCCAGGCUACAACAUUGAACAGAUGGCAAAGCGAGGCAAGAAGCUAAUUGAGCUGCCAUACACUGUAAAGGGGAUGGACGUCUCAUUCUCAGGGAUCCUGUCUUUCAUUGAGGAUGUAGCCCAGCGGCUGCUGAGCACAGGCGAGUGUACUCCUGAGGAUCUGUGUUUCUCCCUGCAGGAAACUGUGUUUGCAAUGCUGGUAGAAAUCACGGAGCGAGCCAUGGCACAUUGUGGCUCCCAGGAGGCCCUCAUUGUGGGAGGUGUGGGGUGUAAUAUGAGGCUGCAGGAGAUGAUGGAGACAAUGUGCCAGGAACGGGGAGCCCGGCUUUUUGCCACAGAUGAGAGAUUCUGCAUUGACAAUGGAGCCAUGAUAGCCCAGGCUGGCUGGGAGAUGUUUCAGGCUGGACACAGGACCCCCCUUAGUGAUUCUGGGAUUACGCAGAGGUAUCGAACAGAUGAAGUAGAAGUGACCUGGAGGGACUAACAAGAUUAACAGGAUCAGAGUAGAUCGUUUCCUAAGUGGAGCCCAAGGACGCUGGAUCUUAAUUUAUAUUCCGAUGUAGGAAUCCUAGCAAAGCUAUAGACUCCGAGCAAGGCUUGGGGUCCCUUUUGGAAACCCAAGAUGACUCAGCAAUAAAAUGUUUUUGGUUUUGUAUGUUGGU